AUGUUUUACGAUAACCUCGACUGUCAAAUGUCUUCCGGAUCUCUUCAGCUCGUGCCUACGGCAACGCGUAUAGACUUCAAUGACACCCCACUGAAGUCAUGCUAUGGUGAACCCAACAAUUACUACGCCCUGGUGAUCGAUGACUGCUUUACAGCUUCCGAAUGCGCCGACCUUAUUGGGCUUGCAGACUCAGACUGGAAAGCUGCAGCGCCAAACACAAAUCAGGAAGUCACCGAGAUCGGACCGGGCAGCACUUGGGAGAACAUUCCAGGGAAAAUGAAGACGGGACAGAGUAAGGGUAGAUGGAGGAUGACCAGACUUAACGAACGCCUCCGAUUUUUGAAGUAUGGCGAAGGACAGAAGUUCACGCAACAUUGCGACGCACUGUACACCACCCCCGACAAAUCUUUAAAGUCGCUUCUGACUCUCCACCUUUACCUUAAUGAUUCAUCUGAAGGUAGCGAAGACCCUGCUGACCUAACGGCUUCCCCAAAAGAGAUAAAAAGAGGGGGAGCAACACGGUUUUGGAACCCAGAGAGAACCGAAUUUGUAGAUGUCGAGCCAAAGAGAGGGAGGGUUUUGAUAUUUCAACAGAGAAUGCUAUGGCACAGCGGCGAGGAGGUUUUGGAAGGGGUUAAGAUGACUAUGAGAAGUGAUUUGAUGUUUGAGUGGGCUCAAUUUGAGAAAGGAGAACACUAG